AUGUUAAUUGUGCGCAUCCCCCUCCCCCUUCGAGAGAGCCCUCCCCACCAGAUCCCUCCGCACCUCCCCCAAGAAAAUCACCAACCCGUAUAUGGCCUAAUCCUGUACUAUAAGAUGGCUCAGGCUCUGCGCGCGUCUCGUGAGAGCGCCGACGACGUGGCGGCUGGUUUUUAUACAUUCCGAGACCCUCUCCCAGAACACAUGAGCGAGAUCUCGGCGCUCUUGUCCGAGUUAUUCGCCAUCAGCUCAUCCUUGUCCGCUUUGCAACAUCUAGCAGAAGAUCCCCGAAAUCGCCGCUAUUUUGAAAUGAUCAAACCCGAUUUGACCGUGGUGCAAGCCAGUUUCACAUAUACAAUCGAGGAUAUCGGCGAUGUUUUCAGACGUCUUGAUGGCCCAGAUGCUAGUCCAGCGAUGUACAAGCGCACAUGGGCAUUUAUGAGUCGGUUCUUUUGGGAUCAAUCAAACUACUCCCUGGCAGCCCGCCUAGCCAAGUAUAAGACGGCCUUUAAAGAGUUCUAUGACUUGGUAAGAGAUGGUCACUAUACCUCGUCGGCCCUCGUGAUGCUCGUCAAUCAAUUCAAGGCCUUACUCUCCAUACAAGAUGGUCUGUUCGCUGCUCGCUUUGAAGGCAUGACACUCCGCCCGGAUGACUCGCCUAUCAGACACCGCCCAGCGACUCCCCCGAGCCCGGUGAGAGAGCGCCUCCCAAGGGAGCGCCCGGUGAGGGAACGUCCGACGAGUGGCCGCCCGGUAAUUGACCUGAACAGACGGCGCCGGAGGUCAUUCGAGCGCGCUCGGCCGUCGCAUAUGUCUCCUCCGCCAAUGUCGCCUUCCUCCGGCACUUCUUCGGAUUUCCCGCCGUCUGUCCCGGAUAUCCCGCUCUCGCCGUUCACUUCUACAUCCGCGAGUACUAGCGCGGAUGUUAUUCAAGAACACUGGGCCAAAGAUACAUUCGGGUGUAAUACUACCAACACUCCUCUACCGUCUUCAAGAGAAAAAUGCCUAAACGACGAGUCCGAUAUGCGUGUGGCCUUUUAUCUAAGGAAAACAGACCAUCGUGUCCGCAUCCUUUGCAAGAAGCCCCACCGGACGGGGCCUAGCGACUACUACUGCUUGCCGCUGAAUUUACUCGAGCUCAUGCGAGAUGGCUCUUGCCUCCGACUGUGCAGGCGGCGGAAUCAUGGAACAGAGCUUGUUUUAUGGACCCUAUUGAAGUUCAGCACAUUGGAAGAUCUAGUGAUAUUCCAUAACGUAUUCCUCGCCUUGCGCUCCCAGGAUGCAGGCCAUCCUAUAGGAGAAAUCCUAGACCACGAGCUGACACACGAACAGCAACGCUUUGGAGCCCCGAUCACCGACGAUGGGUACAUGCAUGCGCUGCGCGUAUACAAAGACACGGUGACUGGAGCCGUAAGAAUGCAGGCGUCAGUCCACCUAGGCGAGAUGAAUCACACACCCGUCUGGACAGCAUUCGUCACCCACAACCUUGGGAAACGCAGUUGGCUUAAGUUGCAGGGUUCCAAAACGGUGAUUGUGCGUGAUAUCAAGCCCAUCAUAUUUAUGUCUGUCGAUGAUUACGACCCCCCGCAGACCUCACAAGGUUAUCAUAUCCUGGAGUUCACGCGCUCUUCUGAUGCUCGGAUGUUCGUGGAUGUCAUGGAUGAACUGGGCGAUUGA